AUGUCUCGACGAUUCCGCGAUGCAGCCACGCUGGCUGUUCUUCAUUCAACCACUUCUCACGCUUUUCAAUCGCCUUCCUCACUUUGUCUAUCAGCACCGCCGCUGCCACUGGUUGCUGGUGUCUCUAAUGUCUCAGCGGUAUUAGAUGUCGCGUUUUGGGAACAAUGUCGUGCCUUCCUAUGCUUCUCCGACCCAGACUUUCCACCUAUCACCUUCACCUUUGAUUCGAGUGACUGUGUCGGCAGUGAGACUGCUAGUUUUAUAGUCCCUGACGGCGUGCCCAACGGAGAUGCACUUGUCAUUUGGGAAUGCGAAGGCUUUUCUUCUGCGUGCACCCAGGCCAACAUCACGCAGGGAAAAGCGGCCAACAGCUCGCCUCUGUACCCUCAUCAAAACGGCACUCUCAACUGUGUGUACGGUCCUACAUCGACGCAGGAAACCGUGCUGCCAGCGUUUGCUGUCCCAAAUACUCCUUCGUCGAGCGUAUCAGACAUAGACUCUCCUUUUGCCUCGGAAAGAGCAACAGCAGACCCGGGCAUCACUUCAAGCCAGAAUGCAGCAUCAGCCAUAAGUGCCAGUGCUACCCCGGAUUUGCUGGCGGGAAGCACCGGCACUUCUACAUCGGGCAUGAAUAGCAGUCCUACUAUAUCUGUUGAUGCCGCUCCGUUCUCCACGAUCACUAAUCUCUUUCCGAUACCAGAUCUUGGUACUAGCACGUUCAUACUAACCCAGACGAUAACCACGCUGCUAACAAAGACCACGACACUGCCGGUCAGCGC